CUGUACAUAAAAAACAGCAACUGAUACAUCAACAAUUUGUAAAUAUGGAAUAUUCAAGUAAGAAUUUCAGAAGACAGAGAAGGAAUCAUCCCGAAAUCCAGCUUCAUAGCAUAUCAUCUGAGAGCGUCGGCAAAAGUUCAACAGAUAUCGAGAAAAGCCCCGAUAAAACUGAAGAAACAAAAAGGAAACGACAAAAUUUUGUGAAAGAAUAUCUUGUGGAUUUCACAGCUAAUUCCAGUCUCCAUGGCUUAAAAUACAUCGGGGAGAAAGAAAGAACAUUCUUAGAAAAAGUUUUCUGGCUGUUUGUGGUCACCUGUUGUGUGGUACUUUGCGCUGGACUCAUUAGAAAAGUUUGGAUAAAAUGGAACGAAAGUCCAGUGAUUGUAAGCUUUGCCGAGACAUCGACUCCUGUCUGGCAGAUCCCUUAUCCUGCCGUAACGGUUUGCUUCGAAACAAAAGCUAUGCAGACAAGAUUCAACUUCACAGAAUACUAUCACUUGUAUCUGAAUCAAACCUCUUUAUCCAAUUUGACAGAAGCUGAACGAAAUAUGUUUGAAGACGUGUCAUUAGUAUGUGACGAUCAUUUAGCCCCACGUGAUGGUCGGAACACCUCUGAUGGUGCUCUAACAGUCAACAACCUAAAAGAGGUAUCACCAAACAUGACUGACGUGUUUUUCGGGUGCAAAUGGAAGGAUAUCCCUAAGGACAGUUGCGAGGACCUCUUCUCCGGCAUUUUAACUGAAGAAGGACAAUGUUAUACAUUCAAUACGUUGGGUGCCCAAGAACUCUUCAGACUCGAAAACUUACACGAGGAAUACCAGUAUUUGGAUACUGCUAUUGUGAACACGACGUGGACUUUAGAAUCCGGCUAUGUGGAUGGUACUCCUUUGGAAACAUAUCCACAUAGAGGCCUGGGCUACGGCGUAAAAGCUGGAUUAACAUUCCUAUUAAAGGCUAGAGAAAUUGAUUUGGAUUACCUUUGUAAGGGACCAGUACAAGGUUUUAAGAUAUUACUACACAAUCCGGCUGAGCUGCCUAGAUUGUCUCAGCAGUACUUUAGAUCGCCGCUGUCUCAGGAAGUGGUCGUUGCAGUUAAACCUAACAUGAUGACCACGUCGGAAGGAUUAAAACCAUACGAUCCAGAAAGACGACAAUGUUAUUUCCCGAGCGAGCGAUACCUACGGUACUACAAAGUGUACACUCAGGCGAACUGCGAGAUGGAAUGUCUAACCAAUUUUACCUUCGCGCGCUGCGCUUGCGUACAUUUCGGAAUGCCACAUGGCCCUAAAAUGCCAGUUUGUAAUGCUGGCAGUAUAGCGUGUGUAAAGGCUGCACAAAUGGAACUAGUAACAGCGGAAGUUCAAACAGGAUUAGAUGAAGAGACAACCGAUGAUAACCUCGGCUCAGCGAGAGAAGUGGCUGCUAGUUGUAAAUGCCUGCCCGCAUGCACUUCGAUAGAAUACGAGGCUGAGACUUCACAAGCCGAUUAUGAUUGGAAAGCUUUAUUCCAGGCGUAUAAGUUACCUAUACCGGAUAACGAGGAGGACCUGCACUACGCUCGCGUGAUGAUCUUUUUCAAAGAAGCUCAGUUUAUUACCUCUCGACGCUCAGAACUUUACGGUCAAACAGACUUCCUGGCCAACUGCGGCGGCCUACUCGGCUUGUUCAUGGGUUUUUCUAUAUUGAGCGUCAUUGAGAUCCUCUAUUUUCUUACUUUAAGACUUCUUUGUAUGUUCUAUCGCCGUCGUGUUGCCAAAAAUAAAGCUAGUACUGUGUCCCCGAAAGAAGACCAGGAUUGUUCGAGCCCUAAACCGAGCAAAAUGUAUAUCGAUUAAAAUAUUAUACAAUGACUUAAUAUGUAAUGGCUUUUCUCCAUUAGUAAUGUGCACCUUAAUAUAGACUCGUUAUUUUUUUGCACUGAAUUAUAAUUAUAACCUUAAUUAAAACAAACAAAUAAUGCUAAUUAACUUUGUUUUAUUCGUGGAAUGUUAUACUCUUAUUAAUGCUGUCUUUAGAAUAAAAAACGGAGUGAAAAUAAUAGAAUAGUUUAGAUCAAUGGUAUUUUUAAGUACCUACAUAACAUGUUUAAGUAAUGUUUAAUCAUUUAGGCUUGUGUGAAGUUUAAUACUUAUU